AAAUUAAACAACUUGGAAAAUUGGGCAGGAAGAAAGAGAUGGGUGUGGGGUGGGAUGAAGAUCUCCACCCUAACUAGUAUGUUAUAUACCAAAGAAAUGAAUUAAACAAAUGGCAAGGUAGACAACUCACUAAGAAGCAAAGGGGUUUACCCAGAAGCCCUGGCUCAGUGAGUGGAUAGGAAGCCUUUUGUUACUAAAGCUGCAGGGUUGAAAAUUGAAGGAAGGAUGUUAGGCGAGUGUGGCAGCCUGGGGUGCAGCUACAGCCCCUGGCUUAUUGUCCACAGGAAAUGGGUCUCUCCCGUGGAUAGAGAGGUGGAAACUGAGCUUGUGAGUUGUGUGGUUGACAUCAUCAGGCUGAGCAUUGGAUUACAACAAAUGGGGACUUACUUGGCCCGAGACAUGGGAAACACCCACUAAAACCUCGAAGUGCUUUUCAUUUAGGAGACACGGGGAAGAGAGAGGGGGGUAAAGUGAGGAUCCUGCCUGCACCACAGGUCUGGCUGGACUGCUAACCUUGAAUCCUGGUGUCUUAAAUUCUGCCUCCACUUUUGACUGAGGACCACUGAAUUUUGAGGAAACUUUGCUCUUUUACAGAUAUGGUCAGACUUCAUGAAUUUAUCACAUAUAAACCCAGUGCUGCAGCAGCUGUGUGGAAAACUCCAAGAUGGAGAGGGGCUGGAAAUCUUUAACCUUGGAAUUCCCAUACUGAUUAGUCAACGGUGGAAAAUUUGAAGAGAUGCAAACAGGAAAAAGAAAUUAAACCAGGCCUGAGGAGCGAUGCGACAGGCAUGAUGGAGGUCGAGUCCUCCUACUCGGACUUCAUCUCCUGUGACCGGACAGGCCGUCGGAAUGCGGUCCCCGACAUCCAGGGAGACUCAGAGGCUGUGAGCGUGAGGAAGCUGGCUGGAGACAUGGGUGAGCUGGCACUUGAGGGGGCAGAAGGACAGGUGGAGGGAAGCGCCCCAGACAAGGAAGCCGGCAACCAGCCCCAGAGCAGCGAUGGGACCACCUCGUCUUGAGUCUGAUCUCGUCCAAGUAGGCUGGACGAGAUACCUUCUGUCCCCUCCCAGAGGGGGAACCCUGGCACUGGCCCAGCAGCCUCUUCUCUGAGCCCCAUGUCCCAGAUAAAUCAGGCCAGACUGAGAAGGCUCCCCAGAGGCCUCUGUGGCCUCCACUCCGGGAAAGCCCUCUGCCCACACCCACAGGCUCCACAUUCCCACCACCUUCUCACCGUGCCCAGGUACACUUUCAAGACACUGUAACCACAAAUGUUAUUUAUUGAGCUGGUGCCGGGACUUGGGCGGGGCCCUGCCCUACAGUGAGCAGCCCAUGCAGGAACGCUCCUCUCACGAGCGGCCUGGGCAGGGACCCUGUCCCAACACCAACACCUCCUUUCCAGCCCCAACCUUCUGGGUCAAGACCUUCUUGUCCCUUUUUUAGAAAACACUUUUAAACUUUUUAAAAAUUUUAAACCUUUUUUCAGCAGAGACGGAGAGAGCUGACAAUCAAUUCACAUUUUUUUAAGCCAUUUUAGCUCAACUCUCAUUGUCUGUGCAGCUCUGAGGUUCCCUCAUGGAGCUUCACAGGUCCAUUUUUAGGGAAGGGAUUUUGGCGCAAAACUAUUUGACCACCUCUGCCCUUUCUACCAGGAUAAGUGACACCUAGGACCCAGGAAAUAAAUGCUGAUGAUUUGUGUGA